UUGAAUUGUGCCAGGCACCGAGAGGAGGAGCGGCGCAGACCAAUUCACAAGACAUCAUGAGCACCUCCCAGUUCUCGUACUCGUCCGCGCGCCUGCGACGUGUGGAGUAUCUGCAGUUCGGGGUGUUCUCCCCCGACGAAGUGCGUCAGAUGAGUGUCACGAAACAGAUCAAAGUGAACGAUCGGAUCAUUCCCGACGGGAUCACACGACCCGAGACGUUCAUCAACGGGCAGCCCGUCAUCGGCGGCAUUGGUGACCCGCGUAUGGGCACAUGUGACUUUCGCGCGCGAUGCAAGACGUGCGAUUGUACAUACAGCGGCAGCGGCGCGAAAGUGAAUGACUGCCCGGGCCAUUUUGGGCACAUCGAGCUCGCGCGUCCCAUGUUUCACGUCGGGUUCAUCAAGAUCUGCAAGCAAAUCUUGAGUUGCAUUUGCUUCCAUUGCUCCAAAGUCCUCGUGGACGAGCGCGACCAUCGCUUUCGCGCGGCGAUGCGUCAGAAAAACGGCCAGCGCCGGUUGAAAAUGGUGUACGAAAUCUGCAAGAACAAGGGCAUGUGCGAGUACGGGGACGAGUCCAACAUGGAAAAAGUGCAAGAAGGAUGGAACCUCGGGUUGCAGGGGGGCAUCACAAACGAACAGGCGCCCAAGGACGUUGGCCACGGCGGGUGCGGCGGCCGCCUCCCCAAGUACCGACAAGUGGGUAUCAGUUUGCAAGUCGAGUUCCCAGAGACAAUGGAGGACAUUCCCGGGUCUGGGGACAAGAAGCAAAACCUUCCCGCCGACAAAGUGCUGAGCAUUUUCAAGAACAUCACGGACGCCGACUGCAUUGCGCUCGGGUUCAACCCGCGGUGGGCGCGCCCGGACUGGCUCAUCCUGACAUUGAUCCCGGUGCCGCCGCCGCAUGUCCGUCCGUCCGUAGCGAUCGACGGCGCCGCGCGCGGGGAGGACGACUUGACGCACAACUUGGCCUCGAUCGUCAAGGCGAACCUGGCGCUGUUGAAUUGCGUCAAGAAGGGCGAGCCGUCGCACAUCAUUUCCCAGUUUGAGCAGUUGCUGCAGUUCAACCUAAGUACGUUCGUCAACAACGAGCAGCCGGGACUGCCCCAGGCGCAGCAAAAGAGCGGCAAGCCCCUCAAGACGAUGCGCCAGCGGCUGCGCGGGAAGGAAGGGCGUAUCCGCGGCAAUCUCAUGGGGAAGCGCGUCGACUUUUCCGCGCGCACAGUCAUCACGGCCGACCCCAACUUAGCGAUCGACCAGGUGGGCGUGCCGCGCAGCAUUGCCAUGAACUUGACCGUCCCAGAACGUGUGACGCCGUUCAACAUGGUGCUCAUGCACCAGCUGAUCAGCCGCGGCCCGCUCGAACAUCCCGGCGCCAAGUACAUCAUCCGCGAAGACGGCAACCGCAUCGACCUGCGCUACAUCAAGAGCAAGUCGGAGCUCGCGCUCAAGUGCGGGUGGAUCGUGGAGCGGCAUUUGCGCGACGACGACUACGUGCUGUUCAAUCGGCAGCCGAGUUUGCACAAGAUGAGUAUCAUGGCUCAUCGCGUCAAAGUGCUAGACUGGUCGACGUUCCGCCUCAAUAUUUCCGUGACGACGCCGUACAAUGCCGACUUUGACGGCGACGAAAUGAACUUGCACGUGCCGCAGUCGAUGACGGCGCGCGCCGAAGCCCAGGAGCUCAUGAGUGUGCACAAGAACAUCAUCACGCCCCAGCGGAACGCCCCCGUGAUGGGGAUCGUGCAGGACAGUCUGCUUGGCGUGCAGAAAUUCACAAAGCGCAAUAUUUUCGUUGAAAAGGAUCUGGUCAUGAACAUGCUCAUGUGGGUGUACACGUGGGACGGCAAGGUGCCCACCCCCGCCAUCUUGCUGCCCGACAAGUCCCAGGCUGGGCAAUACCGCCCCAUCUGGACAGGCAAGCAGAUCAUGUCGACGAUUCUCCCCAAUAUCAACUUUAUCGGGUACUGCUCGACGCACGAAAGCGACCAGAACAAAAAGGACUGCGACUUGCCAUUUCGCCGCAAGAUGAGUCCGCGCGACACUCACGUGAUCAUUCAAAACGGCGAGUUGCUCGCGGGUAUCAUUGACAAGAAGACAAUCGGGCCUGGCGCUGGCGGGCUCAUUCACAACACUGUGCUGGAGCUAGGACAUGACGAAGCCAAGCGAUUCCUGGGGGCGACGCAGUAUCUGGUCAACCAGUGGCUCGUGUGGCACAGUUUUACGGUGGGUAUCUCGGACACGAUUGCCGACGUGUCGACGCUCAAGAACAUUGUCGACAUCAUCACGAACGCCAAGAUCAAAGUGCAGGACUUGGUCGUGACUGGUCAAAAGGGCAAGUUGGAACUCCAACCAGGUCGCACGAUGAUUGAAACGUUUGAAAUGUUUGUCAACACGGUGCUCAACAGCGCCCGUGAUCAGUCGGGUCGUGAAGCGCAGGGGAGUUUGGAUGAAACCAACAACAUCAAAGCGACCGUCACGUCUGGGUCCAAGGGGUCGUACUUGAACAUUUCCCAGAUUAUUGCGUGUGUCGGGCAGCAAAACGUGGAGGGGAAGCGCAUUCCGUACGGAUUUCACCACCGGACGCUGCCUCAUUACGGCAAGGACGACUUGGGGCCAGAGUCCCGCGGGUUCGUGGAGAACUCGUACCUCAAGGGAUUGACGCCCCAGGAGUUCUUCUUUCAUGCUAUGGGGGGGCGCGAAGGGCUCAUUGAUACUGCCGUCAAGACCGCCGAAACGGGGUACAUUCAACGUCGGUUGGUGAAAGCCAUGGAGAGCGUCAUGUCUCGAUACGACGGCACGGUGCGCAACAGCAACGGCGAGAUCAUCCAGUUUUUAUAUGGCGAAGACGGCAUGGACGCGGUGUGGGUGGAAAAGCAAAACUUUGAUGGCCACACACUCAACCGCGCCAAAUUUGAAGCCAAGUUCAAGCUGGAUCCGUUCGACGACCAGCUGGGCACGGUGCCGCACUGCCCGGACGAGCUGUACAUGGACCCGCAGAUCAUCACGGACAUCCAGAGCAACCCCACGACGCAGCUAUUCCUCCGCGACGAGUAUAUCCAGCUGCAAAAGGAUCGCUUGAACUUGCGCGUGAUUCUCGGAUCUCGCGGCCAAGGCCAGGAGAGCGACCAGGCCGCCCAAGUACCCGUCAACUUGCGUCGGUUGAUCCAAAACGCCCAGCAACUGUUUUCCAUUUCGCUGCUGCACCCCACGACGUUGAACCCCCAAAACAUCAUCCAAGGCGUGCGCGACUUGUGCCGCGAGAUCGUCGUCGUCCAGGGAGAUGACCACCUGUCGAUCGAAGCGCAGGAAAAUGCGACACUGUUAUUUCAGAUCCUGCUGCGGUCCACGCUGGCCGUCAAGCGCGUGCUGCUCGAGUACCGCCUCAACGACUCGGCCUUUGAAUGGUUGAUGGGUGAGAUCAAGUCCAAGUUUUUGAGCUCCCUGGUGGCGGCCGGCGAGAUGGCGGGGGUCGUCGCGGCGCAAAGUAUCGGGGAACCGGCGACGCAAAUGACACUCAACACGUUUCACUACGCCGGUGUGUCGGCCAAAAACGUGACGUUGGGGGUGCCUCGUCUCAAAGAGAUCAUCAAUAUUGCCAAGGACGUCAAGACGCCGUCGAUCCAGAUCUACCUCAAGCCCGACUGCGCGCACGACGCGGAAAAGGCCAAGCAGAUCCAGUCCACGCUCGAGUACACGACGCUCAUGGACGUGACGGCGAGCACGGCCAUCUAUUACGACCCAGAUCCGACCUCGACCGUGGUGGAGGAGGAUGCCGACUUUGUUGCGAGUUAUUACGACGUGAUUGACGAAGACACGCCACUGGCGCGGUCGCCGUGGCUGCUGCGCAUCGAGCUGAACCGGAUCAUGAUGGCCGACAAGAACUUGGAGAUGAAAGAGAUCGCGCUGCAGAUUGAAAACGAGUACGGCCAGGACUUGAGCUGCAUUUACACGGACGACAACGCCGACAAGCUCGUGUUGCGCAUCCGCAUCAUGAGCGAGGAAGAGGACAAAGUGUCGCAGAACGGCAGCGCGAGCGUCGGCCAAGAAGACGACACGUUCCUCAAGCGCGUCGAGCACAACAUGCUCACGCAGAUGCGGCUGCGCGGCGUGCCCAACGUGAAGAAGGUGUUUAUGCGAGAGAACCCCCAAAACCAGUGGGAUGAAGAGAAGGGCUUUAUCAUGGUCAAGGAGUGGGUGCUCGACACGGACGGAACCAACUUGCUCGACAUCAUUUGCCACGAAUCCAUCGACGCGUCGCGCACGAUCAGUAACGACAUUGUCGAAAUCAUCGAAGUGCUCGGCAUCGAAGCGGUACGCCGCGCGUUGCUCAAUGAAAUCCGCAACGUGAUUUCAUUUGACGGGGCAUAUGUCAAUUAUCGGCACUUGGCGUGUCUGGCAGACGUGAUGACAUUCCGUGGACAUUUGAUGGCCGUGACGCGCCAUGGGAUCAACCGCGUCGACUCUGGUCCGCUGGUGCGGUGCUCGUUUGAAGAGACGGUCGAGAUCCUCAUGGACGCCGCCAUGUUCAGCCAGGGCGACGAGCUGGCCGGCGUAACGGAGAACAUCAUGUUGGGUCAACUGGCGCAGCUGGGCACGGGGGUGAUGGACCUCGUUCUGGACGCCAAUAAACUGAGCCAGGCCAUCGAGUAUGACGCGUCUGAGAUUGAAAACGUCAUGCGCGAGUUCUCCAAGGACUACACGACGCCCGACGUCAACACCCCCAUGGCCACCCCCUGGGGCCAGACGCCCAUGUACGGCACGCCGGCCCCCGGCACCCCCGGCUACGGCACGCCUGGCGCCGGAUCCCCCCUCAUGAGUCCGUCAGGGUCAUUCUCGCCCUUCGUGUCGUUCUCACCGCACAACGUACCCGCGUCUCCCUAUUCGCAAAGCCCAGGCUACGCCCAAAGUCCAGGCCUGAACCCCACGUCGCCCAUUUACUCGCCCACGUCACCGGCCUACUCGCCCACGUCCCCGGCGUACAGUCCCACUUCCCCAGCGUAUUCGCCCACUUCCCCUGCGUACUCGCCGACGUCGCCAGCCUACAGCCCGACCUCUCCAGCGUACAGCCCCACAUCCCCGGCCUACUCGCCAACUUCUCCGGCCUACAGUCCGACGUCUCCAGCUUAUUCCCCGACCUCCCCGGCUUAUUCGCCGACAUCUCCGGCGUAUUCGCCCACGUCGCCGGCUUAUUCGCCCACGUCGCCGGCGUACAGCCCAACAUCCCCAGCGUAUAGCCCGACCUCCCCGGCGUAUUCACCGACGUCUCCAGCUUAUUCCCCGACCUCCCCAGCUUAUUCGCCGACAUCUCCCGCUUACUCGCCGACUUCCCCUGCUUAUUCGCCCACAUCGCCAGCUUACAGUCCAACCUCCCCGGCGUACAGCCCAACGUCCCCUGCCUACUCACCGACAUCUCCAGCGUAUUCACCCACGUCGCCGGCUUACUCGCCGUCGUCGCCUGCGUAUUCGCCGACCUCCCCCGCCUACUCGCCCACUUCUCCAGCGUACAGUCCGUCGUCCCCAGCGUACAGCCCAGCAUCGCCCGAGUACAAUCCUUCCGAAGGCUCGUACGGCGGCGGUAGCAGCUCGGGACGAUAUACCGAUUAACAGUCUGAGGAUCGGCUUUUUAUGAUGAAUAUAUACUCACUUGCUUGUG